AUGUUGAGAGCUAGAGCAGUGUGCCACUCACGACGGUCGGCAUUGUCCGCAUCCGCUAUAGCAGGCCGAUAUUACGCCACUUACGCCGCUUCUCGCACAAAUUCUACACUAGACCAGCGCCUCAUUUCAAAGUAUCCACCAGGACACCAGACGCAUGGGUUUGAAAUCUUGCAAACGGCACCAGUGCCCGAGUUUUCGCUAGUGGCGGUCUUGCUCAAACAUCAGCAUACAGGAGCCCAGCAUCUACACUUGGAUAACCCGCAGGACCACAACAAUGUGUUUUCCAUCGCGUUCAAGACAAAUCCGCCGGAUUCAACCGGUGUGCCGCAUAUCUUGGAGCACACCACGUUAUGCGGCUCUACAAAGUUCCCCGUUCGUGAUCCUUUCUUCAAAAUGACCAAUCGAAGCUUGAGCAACUUCAUGAACGCAAUGACGGGCCACGACUACACUUUCUACCCCUUUGCCACGACAAACCGCAAGGAUUUUGAAAACUUGAUGGAUGUCUAUCUCAGUUCGGUGUUGCUGCCGUUGUUGAAAAGCCAGGAUUUCUUGCAAGAAGGAUGGCGGUUGGAGAAUGCCGAUGUUGCAGAUGCAAAGAGCGCGUUGGAGUUCAAAGGCGUGGUGUUUAACGAGAUGAAGGGGCAAUAUUCAAACACCAUGUACUAUUUCUACAUCAAGUUCUUGGAGUCCAUAUAUCCCAGCUUGAAUAACUCCGGCGGCGACCCUUUGAAGAUGACGCUGUUGUCGUACGAGGGGCUCGUGCUGUUCCAUGCUAACAAUUACCACCCUUCAAAUUCGAAAACUUUCACCUAUGGUAAUUUGCCCUUGGACGACCAUUUGAAACGGUUAGACGAGUAUUACCGCGGGUUCGACAAGAGAGUUUGCAACGUUGACGUGAAACAACCAAUCUUUUUUGCUUCCACUAAUGGAGGUGAGAAGCAGUCGACUUAUGAUGUCACCGUCAAAGGUCCCGUGGAUACCAUGGUUAACAAGGACAUUUCCCACCAGUUUCAUUCGUCAGUGACGUGGUAUUUGGGUAACCCGUUGGAACCUCGCAUGCACUAUGAGCUUUUCAAGUGGAAAAUAUUGGGCUCGCUUUUGUUUGAUGGGCACGGAUCGCCAUUUUAUCAAGAAUUGAUUGAGGGUGGUUAUUCUGAGGAUUUUUCAGCUAACUCGGGGUUGGACUCAACAACGGCGUUGUUUUCAUUCACCGUGGGGUUGAAUUUCUUGACAAAGGAGAAAGUUGACAGGUUGGAGGCUAAAAUUUUGGCAAUUUUGCAAAACAAGGUCGUUCCUGAGUUACAGAACCCGCAGAGUGUCUACCAUGAACGAGUCAAGGCUUUGUUGCACCAAAUUGAAAUUGGGUUCAAGAAACACAAGCCUGAUUUUGGAUUUGGAUUGCUUAGCGCACUUGUUCCGUCCUGGGUCAAUGGAGUUGAUCCCAUAAACCAGUUGAAAGUGGAGGAGAUUUGUGAUAUAUUCAAACGGGAGUUUGAACAACUGGGAUUGCUGAUGUUUGAAAAGAUGUUGAACGAGUCGCUUUUGAAUAGCAAGACUCCCAAGUUUAAGUUCACGAUGGAGCCACAGCAGGAUUUCAGCAAGGUUGUAGCUGACAAGGAAGCUUCUAAUCUCAAGCAGAAAGUGGAACAAUUGACCACAGAGGAUAAAGAGUCAAUUUACAACCGGAAUUUGAAACUCCUCGAAUCGCAAGCUCAAGAGGAAGAUGCAAGCGUACUCCCAACACUAACGAUGGAAGACAUUGCCAAGCAGGGGGAUUUCUACUCCAUCAUGCACUCCAACAUGGAUAACACCACGGUAGCUAAACGGAUAGUCGACACAAACGGGUUAGUCUACGUCUACGCUUUAAAAGAUAUCCCUUACUUGCCAACAAAAUACUACAAAUACUUGCCCUUGUUCAACAGCUGUCUCACAAACUUAGCCGGAACCACUACAACAACAACCACUGAAUUGGAAACAAAGAUCCAAAUGUAUACUGGCGGUAUCGGGUUUGGCGCCAAAGCCAGCACUAACCCCUAUAACAUCAACGAGAUGAAGUUGCAAUAUCUGCUAUCGGGAGCAGCACUCAAGCAAAAUGCCAGCUACGUGUACAAUCUCUGGCACGAGAUCUUGACGGAAACAAAAUUGGACGCGGAAGAGGAUGUGAUUGAUAAAUUGUCCACCUUGAUCCGCAACUUGGCCCAGAACCAGAUAAACAAUAUUGCAGACCGAGGCCAUUCCUAUGCGUGCGGCGAGAGCAAUGCCAAAUUGACACCUGCAAAAUACGUGGGCGAAUUAAUGAAUGGAUUACCUCAAGUUCAGUUGAUUAUGGAGAUGAACCUGAAAUUGGAAGAGAGCGGAAAAGAGUAUUUGGCUAAUGAGCUUUUGCCCAUCUUGAGAGAAAUCAGGCGGUAUGUGCUACGUGGACAGUUUAGAUAUCGGAUUGUUGGCGAUGAGUCAAUAGUCAAGGAGAAUGAACCAUUGAUUGCUAAAUUCGAUCACGGCAUCUCGUUAUCAUCAUCAUCAACAACAACACCGCCACCAAAGCCAGAGGCAGCUGCUCGCGGUCUCGCGGAACUACUUGAUAAUUUCAACUAUAAUCACCGCACGGAAAAGCAACUCAUCAACCUCCCAUUCCAAGUCGGUUAUUCGAGUUUAGCCAAGCGUGGAGCUGCGUAUUCAACAAAAGACGGAGCCGCGUUGCAAAUCUUGUCGCAGCUCUACACAUUCAAAACCCUCCACUCGAAAAUACGGGAACAGAAUGGUGCCUAUGGAGGAGGCCUCAAUUUCGAUGGGUUGGGAGGCACGUUGAACUUUUACAGUUAUCGCGACCCCAAUGCUGUGAAGUCGAUUGAGACUUUCGAGUCGACUUUUGCUUAUGGGCUAGAUGCCAAUUGGAGCGAUAAGGAUUUGACCGAGGCGAAAUUGCGCGUUUUCCAAAGCGUCGAUGCACCCAUCAAUAUCGCUAGUCAGGGAGCAACGAGUUUCUUUGAAGACAUAUCGGAUGAGUUGAGACAGCAGCGGAGAGAAAACUUUUUGAGCACCACGAAUCUGGACUUGGUUGACGUCGCCCAACGUUAUCUUGUUGGCGAGCCGCAAAACAUCAUUACUGUGAUUGGAGAUCAGGAGUUGCUCAAAGUUGACGAUUCGUGGAAAGUCAGGAAUUUGAAACUUGCCCAAUGA